GAAGACCAGCCCUUGACUGAGCUGAGCACUUAAACAAGCAUGCAGUUUGUACUACAGUAUUGGAGCUGCGGCUCCAGCGAUACAGCCUCCAGCUCCCCGUCUCUGUCAAUGUUAUUGCUGACUGCUGACCUCUGUAGAACGGUGCGCAGUGUAGCAGGACUGCGCUGUCCACACUGCUGAAGUGUAUAAAGGCGGCGCUCGCCAAUGUGCUGAAAUGCAGUGCGAAGUGUAAUGGGACUGCACUCUCCGAGGUGCUGAAGUGUAAUGAGAUCGCGCUCUCCGAAGUGCUGAAGUGUCAUGGGAUUGCGCUCUCCGAGGUGCUGAAGUGCAGUGCACAGUGCAGUAGGAAUACGAUCUCCAAGGUGCUGAAGUUUAAUGGGAUUGCGCUCUCCGAGGUGCUGAAAUGUAAUGGGACUGCACUCUCCAAGGUGCUGAAGUGUAAUGAGAUCGCGCUCUCCGAAGUGCUGAAGUGUAAUGGGAUUGGGCUCUCCGAGGUGCUGAAGUGCAGUGCACAGUGCAGUAGGAAUACGCUCUCCAAGGUGCUGAAGUUUAGUGGACAGCAUAGGACUGCACUCUACAAGCUGCUGAACUGUACUACCACACAGGGUAGUAUGACUGCGCUCUCCGAGGUGCUGAAGUGAGCUAAGCCUCCAAACUGCACGGGAAACUAAGCUGAUUAUGCAACAGCAAGCAGACAAAUGGGAGAAAACACAGCUCUGCCUUCAUGAAGAUACUACUAUUCUUCCCACUAAGACAAAGCGCCUUAAUCUAUCUCCCUCGCUUGAUACAUUAUAGUUUAAGCUGCAGUAAGGAACCUACUGAGACAGAAGACUACACAAAGCGCAAGGGUACAGGAAGACAAGGAGAGACACCUAGGAACUGCAGAGGUCACAGGUGCUGGUCUGUAAUGAUGAUAGAUGCUAUGGAUGUGUUUUGCUUACAAUAAUCGAACCAGGAUGCAAUGGAUACAAAUGUGUAGAAUUAAUAUGGGUUAACGCAGAAGGUCACAAGCAGGAUAAUACAGAAUUCACUAAAUGAGGAGCAAAUCACAAUGACAACAUGUGGACCUGUGUAGAAGUGCACAAAAUAAUCAGUACCGUACCACUAUAGUGUGCAGCAUAAGGAAGUGCCAUUAAAGCCACAGUGGAAUAUAUGCAUUCCAUAUUCAGUGAGAGCAGGGAAGCUGAAGGUCGCAGUUGCUAUGUGGAACCAUGGCAUGCAAUGUGGUGUGUGGCUGAUAACUGGCUUUUAAAUCAGCACAGGCAGAAAAAAUAAAACACACACCACAUGCUGAAGCUCCCAAACGUCUUUUUCCAGACAGUGGAUUUGCAGUGUCACCACAAACAUGCUACUAAUACACAUAUAUCAUGAGAAAGUACAAAGUGCUAAAGUUUUUCACCUGCUGUCUCUGGAACUUUUCUAAAAUUAGGUGAAUUAAGCCUUUUUUUUCUUUUUGGAUUAUUCCCUUAUGAAGUGUGAUCCAAUGCCUCUCUAUCCAAUGAGGUGUUGGUUGCUGUCCAGCUGCCCAGUGGUGCUGAAAUUUGGAUGAUGUCUAGCAGAGGAACUAAAAGCUGCUGUUGCUUGCUGCCACUUAAUGAAGACAACGGGCGAUUCCUUCUUUUAGCCAUUUUUAUUGUACUCUACCUGAUAGCUGGAGCCACAAUCUUUUCCACCAUAGAGAGGCCAUCUGAAACCGUGGCUCAUGAUCGUUGGGAUAGGAUAUUGAAAAACUUUAGCCAGUCCUUUAACAUCAGCAUCCCAGAGCUCCGGUCCUUUCUUAGAGAUUAUGAAACAGCCAUGGCCGCUGGAAUUAGGGCAGAUGCCCUUAGACCAAGGUGGGACUUCACUGGGGCUCUUUACUUUGUAGGAACAGUUGUCUCAACUAUUGGUUUCGGAAUGACCACACCAGUCACUGUCGCAGGAAAGGUGUUUCUCAUCUUCUAUGGUCUCUUUGGAUGUGCUGGAACCAUAUUGUUCUUCAACUUAUUUCUGGAAAGGAUAAUAUCCCUUUUGGCAUUUGUUAUGAAAGCAUGUCAUGAAAGACGACUACGGAGGAAUGGGCUUCUACCCCCAACUGUCCGCAGAGGGUCGUCCAUCUCUGAAGUUGACAGCCUUGUUGGGUGGAAGCCAUCAGUCUACCACGUCAUGCUAAUUUUGGGUAUUUUUGCUAUUACCCUCUCUUGCUGUGCAUCAGCCAUGUACACCCCAGUGGAAGGGUGGAAUUAUGUUGACUCCUUGUAUUAUUGUUUUGUUACCUUUAGCACCAUUGGAUUUGGAGAUUUGGUAAGCAGCCAAAACGCAGAGUACGAAUAUCAGGGAUUAUACAGGUUUGGAAAUUUCAUGUUUAUACUAUUGGGAGUUUGUUGCAUUUACUCACUUUUUAACGUCAUAUCGAUUGUAAUCAAGCAAGUUUUAAACUGGAUUCUAAAAAAAUGUAGGUGCAGAUGCUGUAAUAAGUGCCAUAAGACUAACACCCGCUUGGGGCGUCGCAAUGCCAUCACCCCUGGAGCUCGCUUUCGCAGGAAUCAACUAUCGAUGGAGAAUGAUGGGAAUUAUGACAGUGACACGGAAGGCAGGAGAUUAUCAGGGGAGAUGAUCUCAAUGAAAGACCUCACGGCCUCCAAUAAAGUGUCUCUUGCCAUAUUGCAAAAACAGUUAUCUGAAACAGCCAAUGGUUACCCUAGAACUGUUUGCAUCAAUACAAGACAGAAUGGCUUCUCAGGAGGAGUUGGAGCUUUAGCCAUCAUGAAUAAUAGGUUGGCAGAAACAAGUGAUUCUAGGUAGAGUCUUUCGAAAUUUCUAAAAUUUUCGGUAUAUUUUUUUAAAUAAAAGCUGUCAAAUGUCACAGUAAAUUUCCUGGAAAUCAGCAGACCCAGCCGCACAUUCUAUUUGCAUUUAAAUUAUUUCGCCCAUUCCAUUGUCAUCUACACACAUCUCAUGUAUACAAGGAAAACAGUUAUUUUAAUAUUCUCAGGCAAACGUCAUAUGUUUACGUCUAUUACCUAAAUUGACUGUGAGAAGAUGGGGGGAAAAUGAGUUUGCUCUGUUUUUAAAGUCUUUGUCAUAUCCUACUGAAGCCUCUUCUUAUAAGACUCGGCUAUUUUGCUGGUGUUCAAGCACGGGCGAUACAAAAAAUAGAUUAAAAAAAAAGCUCUGUCUUGUUUUGGGAAGGAUUGUGGCAAAAAAAUGAGGCUUUGUUUGCACAUUCGUACCAUGAAGCCAUAGAUGAAAAAAAAAAAAACAAGAAAAACACAUAUAAAUUGAAUUAUGAUGGUUGCAAUUUUAUCUCAAAACAAUUAUUUUAUACAUAUAUUAUAUUUUAGGGUUAUUAAAUUUUUCUCAGUUUCAAAAUAAAUUAAUAAAAUAAAAUGAAGCCAUCUCUGCCUUUGUGAAAUUCUAGAGAGUUUUGAAAAAACCUGGGAUAAAAUACAGCACUUGGGAAAGUAGUGCCAACCUGCAUUUCAUUCAACUGUUGAGUGAAUUCAAAUAAUCGUGAAUUGACUUCUAU